CCACUGACAAGGUGGCCCUGCUGAUCGGGAACAGGCACUACCUGCACCACAAGCAGCUAAAGGCCCCUAUGGUGGACGUGCACGCCCUCAGCACCCUCCUCCGACAGCUUGACUUCAAGGUGGUGUCGCUGCUGGACCUGCGCAAGGCCGAGAUGCAGAUGGCUGUCAAUGAGUUCCUCCUCCUCCUCGACAAGGGUGUCUAUGGUUUGCUCUACUAUGCUGGACACGGCUAUGAAAACUUUGGCAACAGCUUCAUGGUGCCCAUCGAUGCGCCCAGUGCCUACACCUCUGCGCACUGCCUGUGCGUGCAGCAGGUGCUGCAGGGCAUGCAGCAGCGCCGCACCGGCCUCAACGUCUUCCUGCUUGAUAUGUGCCGCAAGAGGAACCUCAACGACGAUGUCAUCCCAAAUGUCGGGACACUGCAGGUCACGGCCAACAUCGUCUUCGGCUACGCCACGUGCGCAGACGCUGAAGCCUAUGAGCUGAGCCAGGGCGAGCUCUCCAACGGCAUCUUCGUCACCUUCCUCAAGCGCUGGCUGCUGGAGGACGAGAAGAUCACGGUGCUGUUGGACAAGGUGGCUGAGGACAUGGGCACGCUGGAGAUCACGCGCGGCCGGCAGGCGCUGGAGCUCCGCAGCAACCUCUCGGAGAGACGAGCUCUGACGGACCCCAUCCGCACGCCAGCCCGGGACGAGUCCUCGGCCAGGAACCUCCAGUGGGCCAAGGCUCAUGUCUUGCCGGAGAGCAGGACCCUCAGCUUUGACUGUGGUGUCACCGUUCAACUGGGCUUUGCCGCCGAGUUCUCCAACAUCAUGAUCAUCUACACCCGCGUGGUGGCCACCCCCGAGGACAUCGCCACGUGUGAGGCCAAGCUCACCGACAUACCUGAGGAGCUGGGUGUGGACCUUAAGUGCACCAACAAGGAGAGCCCGGAGGAGAUGGACAGCCCGUUGGCAUCCACCUGGAGCCUCGAUUGCCCUUCCUGCUGCCUCUACAGCCGGCUCUGUGGCUUGCAGAAGCUUCAGCAGGAGCUGGUGUUCACCGUCUGCCUGCAGUACCGGUACCGGGGCAUGGAGGACUUCGUGGAAGAGAGGCAGCGCGUGAGCGUGGGGAAGCCGCUCAUUGCCAAGCUCAACCUGUGCCCUGUGGCCUCCCCAUUGCCCUCCAGCAGCCCUGGCCCUGCCUCCCCUCCAGGGAGCUGGGGGGCGCUGGGGGGCUCCUGGGGCAACAGCCCUGAGGAGAACCUGAGCCCUGAGGUGCCCAGAUCCCAGCCCCUCUAG